AUGGCACAUCCUCCACCUCGCGAGAGGACUCUUAGGGAGAUGGUUGCACUUGAUUUCACUUAUGAAAGCUUGUGCAUCCAAUAUCCGGAUGAGGACGCGCCAUAUGUUCUCAAGACUGGACUAGUCCAUUUGCUGCCAAAGUUCCAUGGUCUUGCAGGGGAAUGUCCACACAAACAUCUGAAGGAGUUCCAUAUUGUUUGUUCAACACUGAAGCCUCAUGAUGUUCUUCAAGAUCACAUCUUCUUAAAGGCAUUCCCGCAUUCUUUAGAGGGUGUGGCAAAGGAUUGGCUAUAUUACCUUGUGCCUAGGUCUAUCACCAGUUGGGAUUAUUUGAAGAGAAUGUUUUUGGAAAAGUUCUUCCCAACAUCAAAGACCGCAACCAUUAGGAAAGACAUUUAUGGGAUUAGGCAGCUCGGUGGUGAGAGCUUGUAUGAAUACUGGGAAAGAUUCAAGAAGCUUUGUGCAAGCUGCCCACACCACCAUAUUUCUGAGCAACUCCUGCUUCAAUACUUCUAUGAAGGUCUCAACAAUAUGGACAGGAGUAUGAUAGAUGCUGCUAGUGGUGGAUCCCUUGGUGACACGACACCUGCUGAAGCCAGACAUUUGAUAGAGAAGAUGGCUUCCAACUCCGAACAGUUUAGUGCAAGGAAUGUUGCUAUUGUUGUUAGGGGAGUUCAUGAUGUGGGUGUUGGUUCCUCAUUUACAGAUAGAAAGAUAGAUGGGAAGCUUGAUGCUCUUGUCAAUUUGGUGACUCAACUGGCUGGAAAUCAGAAGUUUGCAUCUAUUGCAAGUUUAUGUGGUAUUUGUCCUUCUAGUGACCAUUACACUGAUGCAUGCCCAUAUUUGCAGCAACAAUUUGGCCUUGAUGCUCCUCAAGCUUAUGUUGCAAAGAUUUACAACAAUAGGCAGCAGGAUAAACCAUAA